GAGCGGCGCGGCCAUGGCGGAGCCGGUGCGGGAGGAGCUCUCGGCCCUGGGUGCGAUUUUCUGCGGGCCCGACGAGUGGGAAGUGCUGAGUCGCUCAGAGACAGAUGGGACUGUGUUCAGAAUUCUCACAAGAGCUGAAGGAUUUAUGGAUGCGGAUAUACCCUUACAAUUGGUGUUCCAUUUACCGGUCAAUUACCCGUCGUGUCUGCCUGGUAUUGUGGUUAACUCCGAACACCUGACCAGGGCUGAGUGUGAGAUUGUGAAAGAGAAGUUACUGGAGCAAGCAGAGACCCUUUUGUCGGAACCUAUGGUUCAUGAGCUGGUUCUCUGGAUUCAACAGAAUCUCAGGCACAUCCUCAAGCGACCAGAAACUGGAGGUGGCAGUGAAAAGUGCACUUCUGCAGCAAGCACGACUGUGGAUGAUGGAUUGUGGAUGACUCUUUUGCAUUUAGAUCACAUGAGAGCAAAGACUAAAUAUGUCAAAACUGUGGAGAAGUGGGCUUCCGAUUUAAGGCUGACAGGAAGACUGAUGUUCAUGGGUAAAAUAAUACUGAUUUUACUGCAGGGAGACAGAAACAACAUCAAGGAGUACCUGAUUCUUCAGAAAACCUGCAAAGUAGAUGUGGACUCAAGUGGAAAGAAAUGCAAAGAGAAAAUGAUUAGUGUACUGUUCGAAACAAAAGUACAGACAGAACACAAAAGGUUUCUGGCAUUUGAAGUCAAAGAGUAUUCAUCGUUGGAUGAGUUACAAAAGGAAUUUGAAACUGCAGGACUUAAGAAGCUUUUCUCCGAAUUUGUACUUAGGCUGGUAAAAUGAAGUGGAAGACAGGUAUCUUUUAGUGAAACAACAGUGUUUUUUGUUUUGUUUUGUUUUUGUUUUUUGCGUUGGAUUUUGAGAGUGGCUAAUUGAAAUACUCAUAAG